GGCGCGCGGCGUCGGGGCGCGGUUGCGGCGCGGGGAGUUUGGAUAGUGGUUCCGCCCGCUUCGAGACUGUGGAAGAGGAUCAUGGCUGCUGUUCCUCAAAAUAAUCUACAGGAGCAACUGGAACGUCAUUCAGCCAGAAAACUUAAUAAUAAAUUAAGUCUUUCAAAAACAAAAUCUUCAGGUUUCACUUUUAAAAAGAAAGUAUCUUCAGCCAACGAUGUAUCUGUAACUAGUGUGUCAGUAGCAAAAGCUCCUGUGUUGAAUGAUAAAGAUGUUAAUAUUACUGAGGGCUUUUCCUUCAGUGAACCUUUUCCCCACACCACAAAUCAGCAGACAAAGAUCAAUGACUUUAAAAAUACUCCAGCUGGACAGCAAACUAAGAGAGUUGGUUCAAAACCAUUAUUGCCAAAUUUGUCACAGGUUCCUCAGGAAGUUUUAUGCACUACCCAGAACACACUGGUUGUAAAGGAAUCCUGCGAUGCUACUUUCAAGAAAUUAGAAUUUAGUUCUUCAUCAGAUUCUCUUAUUACCUUCAAUGAUUGGGAUGAUAUGGAUGACUUUGAUACUUCUGGAGAUUCAAAAGCAUUUGUGACACCACACCAAAACCACUUCAUAAGAGUAAGCACUGCUCAAAAAUCAAAAAAGUCUAAGAGGAACUUUCUAAAAGCACACCUUGAUAAAACAAAUACAGUAAAGACUGAUUUGACUCCUUCCUCCUCUGAGAGCAAGCAGGCAUAUUUGAUUAAGAAACAGAAGGAUGACUCAGAAUGGUUAAAUAGUGAUGUGAUUUGCAUUGAUGAUGGCCCCAAUUCCGAAGAGCUGAUAAAUGAAGAUACUCAGGAAAAUCACCCUUUAAAAACUCAUUUGGGAGAGGAAAGAGAUAAUUGUGAAAAGAAGAAAAACUUGGAAGAAAUGGAAUUACAUUCAACUGAGAAAUCUUCAUGUGUUGAGCUUGAUGAAGAUGAUUAUGAUAUAGAUUUUGUUCCACCUUCUCCAGAAGAAGGAAAGACUUCAGCCUCUUCAUCCUCUUUAAAAUGCUCUAGUGUGUUGAAGGAUCUCGACACCUCUGACAGCAAGGAUGGUCUUAGCACAUCAGAAGACUUGUCAAAAUCUGAGAAAAUGACUACACAGCAGCCUAAUCAAGAAACCUGCACAAGCUAUGAUGCUAGACAGAUAAGUUUACAGCAGCAACUUAUUCGUGUGAUGGACCAUAUCUGUAAAUUAGUUGACACUAUUCCUGAUGACAAGCUGAAAACUUUGGAUUGUGGGAACGAACUGCUCCAGCAGCGGGACAUAAGAAGGAAACUCCUAGCUGAAGCAGAUUUUAAUACGAGUGAUGCCAUUGUUCUUGGCUCAUUGUGGAGAUGCAGGCCUGAUUCACUUGGUAGCUCUGUGGAGGAUAUGGCAUCUGUUUCCCCACCUUGUGCAUUUCCAAAGGGUGAUUCCUGUCCUACAGGGAAUUCUGUCAAGGAGUUCACUUUUCCAAACCUUUCCUCAAAUUCCGUUUCUACUGGGGAGUGUUUACUGACUCCUACUCCAGGAAAGACAGGAUUCUCAGCCACCACCAAGAAUCUCUUCGAAAGACCAUUAUUCAAUUCCCAUUUACAGGAGUCCUUUGUAAGUAGCAACUGGGCUGAAACACCAAGGGUAGAAAAAAGAAAUGAAAGUUCUUAUUUCCCAGGAAAUGUUCUCACAAGCACUGCUGUGAAAGAUAAGAAUAAACACACUACCUCUAUGAAUGACUUGGAAAGAGAAAUCCAGGCUUCCUAUGAUAUUGACAAUUUUGACAUAGAUGACUUUGAUGAUGAUGAUGAUGACUGGGAAAAUGUGAUGCAUAAUUUAGCAGCCAGCAAGUCUUCCACAGCUGCCUAUCAACCUAUUAAGGAAGGUCGGCCAGUUAAAUCAGUAUCAGAAAGAACUUCUUCUUCAGCCAAGACAGACUGUCUUCUGGCAUCUACUGCUCAGAAUAAAAACUUCUCAGAGUCAGUUCAGAAUUACACUGACAAGUCGGAGCAAAAUUUAGCAUCCAGAGAUCUGAAACACGAGCGUUUCCAAAGUCUUAAUUUUCCUCAUACAAAAGAAAUGAUGAAGAUUUUUCAUAAAAAAUUUGGCCUGCAUAAUUUUAGAACUAAUCAGCUAGAGGCGAUCAAUGCUGCACUACUUGGUGAAGACUGUUUUAUCUUAAUGCCCACUGGAGGCGGUAAAAGCUUGUGUUACCAGCUCCCUGCCUGUGUUUCUCCUGGGGUCACUAUUGUCAUUUCUCCCUUGAGAUCACUUAUAGUAGAUCAAGUCCAAAAGCUGACUUCCUUGGAUAUUCCGGCUACAUAUCUGACAGGUGAUAAGACUGACUCAGAAGCUACAAGUAUUUACCUCCAGUUAUCAAAAAAAGACCCGAUUAUAAAACUUCUUUAUGUUACUCCAGAGAAGGUCUGUGCAAGUAACAGACUGAUUUCUACUCUGGAGAAUCUGUAUGAGAGGAAGCUCUUGGCACGUUUUGUUAUUGACGAAGCACAUUGUGUCAGUCAGUGGGGACAUGAUUUUCGUCCAGAUUACAAAAGAAUGAAUAUGCUUCGCCAGAAGUUUCCCUCUGUUCCAAUGAUGGCUCUUACUGCCACAGCUAAUCCCAGGGUACAGAAGGACAUCCUCACUCAGCUGAAGAUUCUCAGACCUCAGGUGUUUAGCAUGAGCUUCAAUAGACAUAAUCUAAAAUACUACGUGUUACCCAAAAAACCAAAAAAGGUGGCAUUUGAUUGCUUAGAAUGGAUCAGAAAGCAUCACCCACAUGACUCAGGGAUAAUUUACUGCCUCUCCAGGCGAGAAUGUGACACAGUGGCUGACACAUUACAGAAAGAUGGUCUCGCUGCUCUGGCGUAUCAUGCUGGCCUCAGUGACUCUGCCAGAGAUGAAGUACAGCACAAGUGGAUUAAUCAGGAUGGCUGCCAGGUUAUCUGUGCAACGAUCGCAUUUGGAAUGGGGAUUGACAAACCUGAUGUGCGAUUUGUGAUCCAUGCAUCCCUCCCUAAAUCCAUGGAGGGUUACUACCAAGAAUCUGGCAGAGCUGGAAGAGAUGGGGAAAUCUCUCACUGCCUGCUCUUCUAUACCUACCACGAUGUGACCAGACUGAAGAGGCUUAUACUAAUGGAAAAAGAUGGAAACCAUCAUACGAAAGAAACUCACUUCAAUAAUUUGUAUAGUAUGGUACAUUACUGCGAAAAUAUAACAGAAUGCAGGAGAAUACAGCUUUUGGCUUACUUUGGCGAAAAUGGAUUUAAUCCUUAUUUUUGUAAGAAAUACCCAGAUGUUUCUUGUGAUAAUUGCUGUAAAACAAAGGAUUAUAAGACAAGAGAUGUGACUGAUGAUGUAAAAAAUAUUGUAAGAUUUGUUCAAGAACACAGUUCAUCACAAGGAACAAGAAAUAUAAAACAUGUAGGUCCUUCUGGGAGAUUUACUAUGAAUAUGCUGGUCGACAUUUUCUUGGGGAGUAAGAGUGCAAAAAUUCAGUCAGGAAUAUUUGGAAAGGGAUCUGCUUAUUCAAGACACAAUGCUGAAAGACUUUUUAAAAAGCUGAUACUUGACAGGAUUUUGGAUGAAGACUUAUAUAUCAAUGCCAAUGAUCAACCAAUUGCAUAUGUGAUGCCUGGAAAUAAAGCCCAACAUGUACUAAAUGGUCAUUUAAAGGUAGACUUUAUGGAAACGGAAAAUUCCAGCAGUGUGAAAAAACAAAAAGCUUUAGUGGCAAAGGUAUCUCAGAGGGAAGAGAUGGUUAAGAAAUGUCUUGGAGAGCUUACGGAAGUCUGCAAAUCUCUGGGAAAAGUUUUUGGUGUCCAUUACUUUAAUAUUUUUAAUACUGUCACUCUCAAGAAGCUUGCAGAAUCUUUAUCGUCUGAUCCUGAGGUUUUGCUUCAAAUUGAUGGUGUUACUGAAGACAAACUGGAAAAAUAUGGUGCAGAAGUGAUUCCAAUAUUACAGAAAUAUUCUGAGUGGACAUUGCCAGCUGAGGACGAUUCCUCACGGAGAAGCCCCUCCAGCAGCAGAGGCACUGGAAGAAAUGCCCCUGAGGAGCUGGAUGAGGAAACACCCAUAUCUUCUCACUACUUUGCAAAUAAAACCAAAAAUGAAAGAAAGAGGAAAAGGAUGCCAGCCUCCCAGAGGUCUAAGAGGAGAAAAACUGGUUUCGGUGGUUCCAAGACAAAAGGGGGGUCCAGCACAUGCAGAAGGAUACCUUCUAAAACGAAAUCCUCCAGCAUAUUUGGACCCAGUUCAGCUUUGCAUGGCUCUCAAGCGGCAUCAGGAGUCAGUAGAAAAUUGGGGAUUAUGGCUCCACCAAAGCCUGUAAAUAGGCCGUUUCUUAAGCCUUCAUAUGCAUUUUCAUAACAACCAAAUCUCAUCUCAGUGUACAUAGAUCUUAGUUGUUGUUUGUCAGCAUCUGACCAUCUGUGAAUAUAAAGCUGUUAGUUUCAUUAUACCAUUUGUAAUUUUUAUCCAUAUCUAUUAAUAUUUAAAUAAGUGCUUGGGGUGACAGUUCUUAUUUUUAAAAUAAACAUUUUCUUUUGAAACGCAUGCAUGAUUUGCUGCCACUGCAAGUGUUGUGGCCGUCGUUUCUCAGAACAUCUGAAGCAGCAGCUGAAUCAUCUCAGUGAGAGAAAUUUUAAGUACAACAUCAUGAAACACAGAAGCCAAAGAAAAAGACUCGCAUGGGACAGCAUGAAACUGUAAAACUUUUUGUAGAAGACAAUGUAAACAAAAUUAAAACAUAAAUGACAGAGAAAA